AUGGGUCAGCUAAAAUACAUACAAUUCCGCCAUUGUUUUCCAACAUCUCGGUUACCAGGUGGAAAGCUUCAAAUCAGACGAGAACCAGUUAUGAAUAACAGCAACGACGAAGUUACGCUAAAUGGCGGGAAAAUCGAACCGGUGCCUCCUCCAUUACCUGGUUCAUCAACAACAUCCAUCAAUCCUCCGAAGGGCUGCAUAAUGAGCAAAAACAGGUCAUCAUGGAUUCGAAGUGAUUGUUGCGUCUCUUCACCAACAAAUGAAUCAUGGAAUCGUCUCUUUGACGAAGCUUACAGAGCAGAUGUUAAGAUCUAUACAGAUAAUGACAUAAUCAUCUAUGCUCAUGCCAAUAUUCUUGGUUUCACAUCUCCUGUUUUCAGAAGCAUGUUUACGAAAUCAAAAAACAGGCAUCGGAUCUCAAUUCGUGGGGUUCCACCAGAGGCUGUUCGUACCUUCAUUCGAUUCUUGUACACUUCAUGCUAUGAAGCAUCACAAAUGGAGAAACACGUACUCUCUCUACUGGUCCUUUCACAUGCUUUUGCAGUACCUCAAUUGAAACGAGAGUGCGAGUCUCAUAUUGAACACGGAUUUCUGAAUGUGGAGAAUGUAAUCGAUGUGUUUCAGCUAUCAAUGCUAUGUGAUGCUCCUAGGGUUAGUCUCAUCUGCCAUCGAUUUGUCCUAAAGAACUUCAAACCAGCAUCAUCUUCUCCAGGAUGGAAAGCCAUGAGAACUAGUCAUCCAAAACUUGAAAAGAAACUUCUCGAAUUCAUCAGGAAUGAAGAUCGCAGACGAAAACGGAAGGUGAGAAAGAUGAAAGAAAGGAAGGUUUAUUUACAACUAUAUGAAGCGAUGGAAGCACUAGUUCAUAUAUGCAAAGAUGGGUGUAGGACAAUAGGCCCACAGGAUAAAGCGUUGAAAGAAGAUCAAGAACCUUGUAGAUAUGCAGCUUGCAAAGUGCUUGAAUCUCUUCUUCGCCAUUUUGCUGGAUGCAAAUUGAGAGUUUCUGGUGGAUGUGGUCAUUGCAAACGAAUGUGGCAGAUUUUGGAGUUACAUGCUCGUAUAUGUGCUGAUUCAGAAGGUUGUAAGGUUCCUUUAUGUAGGAAAAAUAAGCAGAAGAUUGCGAAAGAAAUGAAGAAGAAAAGAAAGAGGAAGGAGGAGAUGAAGUGGAAAAUAUUGGUGGGGAAAAUUUUGAGGACAAAGAGUAUUACAGGAGGUCCGCAUUUCAAGUUGGCGUGAAAUAAUAUUCAUAAAGUUCAAAAUAGUUGUCGUUUUGUACAUAUAAUCGUAUGCAAGAACAAAGAUUAAAGGGUAUGAUUGUUCUUGUUUGGAUUGUACAUCGAAAUCUUUCAUGAAUCAACAUCAAAAUAUUUAGGAUGAGAAGAAUAUAAAGAAUGUUAGAAAUCUAAAAUCUUCUGUCAUAUGGGAACAUUGGUAUAUGCUUUUGUCUGAAAUAUAUUUGCAUUUGGUCGGAUGAUGUUAAUUUAAAGUUCGCAAC